AUGGACAGCACACAAGCAGCCAACUUUCGGGAGGAACAUGUCGCCAAUGAUGACUGUCGGCCCAACAUCAUGGACACCAUUGACCGUUUUUUUCGCACACACAAUCGCCUUGCUCAUAGCUAUCAGCUUAUUCGGAACAUUCAUAAACAACAAGUCCAACUUGCUGCUGAAACAGGACAACAGGUUCCAGUCGUUAGCAUGGCCCUCAGACGGGAUCGCCACUCGGAUUACAGACGAUACAACAAACCCACAUCCAACGAAGUUGCAAUGAUCUUUGUCAACGAAGAUGGAGAACCACCAUUCCAUCGCGACAUCAGAAUAUAUCCAAUAAAUCCUGACGAUCCAAACCAACCAUUUAUUAACCUUAACAUUCUAAGCCCAAACAUGGAUCCUAUGACAUAUGCUCUUCUUUUCCCUUAUGGCGAACCUGGCUGGCAACCUAAUUGGCACUGUGCUUCUUAUAAUGGAGCACAACUCAAUCCAAAACGCACCUAUGUUACCAUGUUGCAGUACAAAGCCGCCUUAACAGCCAUUAGAGAUGAAUUCAGCCCCAUAAUGUAUGCAGGAAAAUUAACACAACAGUGGUUAGUCGAUUCCUAUCUGCAGGUAGAGGCUAAUCGAUUAAACUACAUUCGACACAAUCAAAAACGCUUAAGAGCAGAACAGUAUCAGGGACUAGCUGACCACGUUGCAAACAUGGCAGACCAUAAUCACAUUGCCGCUGGGGUUCCCAUCAUUCUACCAUCUACCUUUGAAGGUUCACCAAGACAUAUGCGCGAACGUUGCUGUGACGCCAUGUCCAUUUUUGCAAAAUGGGGAGCUCCAGAUGUUUUUGUUACUUUCACCGCUAAUCCAACUUGGCCCGAAAUAAUUGACAACUUAAGGCCAGGCGAACACACUUCAGAUAGACCUGACUUAGUUGCACGCGUGUUCAAAAUUAAACUCGAUGCACUCAUUGAUGACCUAACCAAACAUAGCCUUUUUGGACAGGCACAAGCCUUUGUCUAUACUAUUGAGUUUCAGAAAAGAGGCCUUCCACACGCUCACAUACUGCUUGCACUGAGAGCAGAGGACAAAUUUACCACUGCUGAAAAAAUUGAUAAAAUUGUUUCUGCAGAAAUACCCCAUGUGGGACAUCUACUUUUGCGGCAAAUCAUAACCCGCUGCAUGCUACAUGGUCCAUGCGGCACAAACUAUCCACGCGCACCCUGUAUGCAAAAUGGCAAAUGUACCAAGCAAUUCCCAAAAGAAUUUAAUGACAACACCCUCAUACACCGUAAUACAUAUCCUGUAUACCGACGUCGCCCUACAGAAACAGUAGAGGUUCGAGGCGUACUUAUGUCCAAUCAAAAUGUGGUACCAUACAAUCCAUACUUAGCCCUAAAGUACAACGCACACAUAAACGUGGAAGUGUGCACUUCACUGUACGCUAUCAAGUACAUCUACAAGUACAUUUUUAAGGGCUUUGAUUGUGCAAAUGUGGUCAUAACACCAAAUGGUCAACCAGAGCAACAAUACAAUGAAAUACAAAAUUUCAUUGACUGCCGCUAUGUAAGCCCUCCAGAAGCUAUUUGGAGAUUAAGAGAAUAUGUCAUGCACGAUCGCUCACACGCUGUAAUAAGACUUCCCGUACUUCUACCUCACCAGCAAACAAUCAUCUUUGAACACGGUCAUGAGGAAGAAGCCCUCCUUGCAGCCCGAACAGGCAGAACAAAACUAGAAUCUUGGUUUGCACUAAAUGAACAUGAUCCACAUGCACACCAAAAAAGACAACGAGGAGGUGAUAACAUUGUUGCCAGAAUGUACACUGUCAAUGUGAAAAAUGAAGAACGCUUCUACCUACGCAUUUUACUUCUACAUGUUCCCGGUGCAAUCAGUUUCCAGGCAUUGCGCACAGUCAAUAAUGUUGUCUGUGAAACCUUUAAAGCAGCAGCUUUUGCACAAGGACUACUUGCAUCCGAUGACGAAUGGCAUCACUGUUUAACCGAUGGAGCCACUUACCUUAUGGCUAAACAGUUAAGGGAAAUGUUCGCAUACAUCUGCUGCUUUUGUCAGCCUGCUCAACCACUCAAAUUGUGGGAACAUCACAUAAUUGAUCUGACUGUUGACUUAAUGCAACACAAUUCUGAAAACAUUGCCCAAAACAACGCACUACAUGACAUCAACACAAUCCUUCAACAACAUGGAUUAUCCUGUUCUGUGCUUGCCUUGCCAACUCCUACGGGAAAUGCACCAGCACAACAAAAAUAUAAUCUCAUUGAGGAAGCACACGAAGCAAAGAAACUCAUAGCAAUGCUCAACAACCAGCAGUUACAUGCAUUCAACACAAUUAUCAUAGCAGCGGAUAACAGCCAUGUUACCAACCAUUGUUUUUAUCUGGAUGGGCCCGGGGGCUCAGGUAAAACAUUCCUGUACACCACACUCAUAGCAUACAUACGAGGAAAGGGACAAAUUGUAUUGCCAUUUGCAACCACUGGCAUUGCAGCUACCUUACUCAAAGGAGGACGCACUGUGGUUCACAGUGGCUUUAAACUUCCUGUCCCACUUCUUGAUACCUCUGUUUCUUCACUACGUCUAACUUCACCAGAAGCUGAUGUAUUCCGUAAAUCAACCCUCAUCAUAAUUGACGGAAUUACUAUGCUUCCAAAACAUGGACUACGCUGUAUUGACACACUCCUGCGUGACAUCAUGAACAUCAACACACCAUUUGGAAACAAAAUCAUCGUUUUGGGCGGAGAUUUUCGACAAACACUUCCUGUUGUUGCCCGAGGAACCCAAACCGAUAUUCUAGAAUGCUGCAUUAAAGCAAGUCACCUGUGGAAACAUUUCACUCAUCUCACUCUUACUACCAACAUGCGCACCGAAGGACAAGUUGAACACAAUAAAUGGCUUCUACAAGUUGGUAUGGGUACUCUGCCACCAAUAUCCAAUUUCACCGACAAUACCACCAUUCUAAUACCACAACAUAUGGUCACAACAGACGAUCUAAUAGAAACCAUUUUUACAAAUGCAAGCCAUAUAUCGGAGGAGGACCUAGCAAAACGAGUCAUUAUUGCACCCACAAACGCUCACACUCUCGACAUUAACCGCAAGAUUAUUGAUUUACUAGGAGAACAUGGCACCAUUUAUUACAGUGCAGAUUCUGUUGUCACUGAAGAUCCAAACGAUACUUUAAACUUACCCAUUGAAUUUCUCCACAGCCAAACACCUUCAGGAAUGCCUCCACAUGUUCUGCUCUUAAAAAAAGGCGUUAUUAUAAUGCUUUUACGCAACCUUAACCCACUGAAGGGAUUAUGUAAUGGAACACGCCUAAUUGUCGAAAAACUAGAACAUCACUUCAUAACGUGCAGAAUUCUAUCAGAGUGCAACAGAGGCGACGUUGUAUUUAUUCCACGAAUUGAUUUAGCUGCCAAUGAUACGACAUUACCAUUUAUCCUACACCGUAGGCAGUUUCCCGUCAUUCCCGCAUACGCAAUCACCAUAAACAAAUCUCAAGGACAAACUUUUGAUCACGUUGGCAUUCUUCUUCAAACAACAGUUUUCUCACAUGGACAACUGUAUGUUGCAUUAUCACGCUCUCGCAACCAACAUCACGUCAAACUACACAUUACACCAACAGACCAACAAGGACAGCUCCUGGGUGACGACCGUCACUUUACCAAAAAUGUUGUUUUCAAUCAAGUGUUUCAAAUGUAA